UACCUUGACGCUCAGGUACACACAGAUUUGCUCGAAAACUUUUUCGGGAAAACUGGCAUUUUUGAGCGGAGUUGAUACACGAAACGUUUAAAAUGGAUUACAAUUAAUAAAUGUUUACCAUAAGGCGGCGACGCUGACAUUAACUGGGGAGACGGCCGGUGGACGCACCGUGUAAACUUCAGUCAUGUCUGCUGGCACCACCGGCAGCCUUACACAAGGUUCAGGUCCCAGCAGCCGCAGGGUUGGACCCAGCCGGAGCAACAGCCAGGGGUCAUCCUAUGAGGAGCGUUGCGUGGACCCAGUGGAAGACAGAGUAAGGACCCCAGAGCCAAAAACAGUCCACAAAGCUGACCUGAAGGAUGCUAAUGGCAGACACUCUGAGACCAUUGGCUUCAUUCCCAGCUCAGCUGAGCCACCGACUGCAACCCAAACCUGUAAUCCAUGUGCUUCUCCAAGAAGCUGUAGGAUUUUUAUAUGUAGCAUACUUACUUGUGGCCUGUACAGGGUCUGCCAGAACUCCAUCUUCGCUCCAUGUCUGGCGCCAAAGGAGAGCUCGCCAGAUGAACCAGAUAAGUUGAGCCUCCAAGCUAUGAACUCAGGGGACAACAGAGAAGAGGACCCUGCAGACUGGCUGGAGGAUGUCCGCAUUGGUGGAGUUAAAGUGAACAGCCCAAGAGAGUAUUUAGGUUCUGAAACUUUGCCAUAUUUGCCACCACCUUCUGUUAAGACACAGCCGAGCCACCAGUCCCUGCAUGAGUCUAUGAGGAUUGAUGACUGGGAGGAUGGCGAUGAGGAUGUGGACUCUCUGAUUACUAAGAAGCUGCUGGAGCUCUACUCUGAAUAUCAGAUCGAAGAGUUGGCCCGCUGCACCUCAGACUCUGUGUUUCUGAAAAAGACUAAGGCCAUCAACCAGCUCAUCAACUCACUGGCUGAGGAGCACAAACUGGAUGAGCAGGAGGCCGAGUGCCGGCUGGUGCGUGGAAUCAUCCGCAUUAGCACUCGGAAGAGUACGAAGAGGAGGCCACCCAUCUCCAGGAUGGAGAGGACGCUGUCGGACAGUGGGAAUGAGACAAUGAGGGAUAGUGAGUCCUUUUCACUGAGCAACAACAAUGACUACAAGUCAAAUCCCAACAUCCAAAUAUCAGAUCUGACCUCCUCGGAUAAGUGUGCCAGGGAGAUUUGGAGGAACAACGGAGGUCACAGUUCUGGUUCCCCAACAACUUAUUCUCCUUCUCACACAGAGACAAAUUCUUCAGGUGUUCCACUGAUCCACAGCUCUGUGAGAACAUGAGGUGUGACACAUUUUUUUUCUUAUUUGUUAAGCUGUGACCAAAAGGUCACGUACGAGACAUCGAAAAGGAGUGCCUGCCCGAGCCAAGCUCUUUGUAGAGACCACGACUUUGCUGUGGAAAAGGAAAAUGUGAAACUUCACAUUGUCUGAAGGACUUCAGUGAACUCAGGACUCUGCAUGUAGAUAUUUCUGGUUAAUAAAUAUUUUGUUUGCAUUUGAAGGAUUGCUCAGUCGGGAGCUUGCCCUGCAGGCAGAUGUCAUCAGCAGCUCUUGUAUCAUAUGUGUUGUGUAGCCGUCCCCUCGUCCUCGAAGCAGUUGUGGUCCUGAGAGCUCUCUCAGUCUUACUUUUAGAUUUAAGAUUUGAUUUUGUCGUUGCUGUCAUUUCUGUUGUUUUGCACAUUUCACGCUCUUCCAUUAUUAUUGAUUUAAUUUUUUAACAAAUGAGUGCAUUUUUGCUUUCAGUUUUGUGGUUAUGUGGCACAUAUGUACAGUUAUUGAGUGUAUAUAACAUUCUGAUAGUUUUCAGAAUUUGAAUGAUUUCAGAUUGGUGAAGGAAGUGGUUCUCAAAGUCAGGAGUGCUUUGGCCAACUUAAAAACCAGAAAAUCCUGAGUAAUGAGUAAUAUCACAAACUAACCACCUCCUCUUACCAAUUUUAAUUCGCUUUUUUAUAUAAAUAUGUAUGUAUAUAAAUAUGUAUGAGUAAUUUCAAACUGAAUUUCUAUUACUGCGGCCCUGCUGCAGUACCUUUGUGGCCCCCUGGUGGGCCGUGGCCCACACUUUGGGAACCAGUGGGCUAAGGGAAGCACCUGUUGGUGUCACAUCAUACUGCAAGAGCAGAAUCAUCAUCUAAAAUGUAUUUGGUUUCAGUACUUUUAAAAAAUGUUUCCUGUCACGAUUUAAUAUUCAGACAACAUGGAAUGUGAUUGUUUUUCAAAUCAGCUUAUUUGUUUCACAUGAAGUCCAUAUGAAGCUCGUACCUUAGCUGCGCGUUGGAUACAUUCUGAUAUAGUUUUUUUUUUAUGUUUGCUUUCAGUUCUCGAAUGUUAAUGUGAGCCAGUGUGAACUGCAGGUAGACUUUAGGUUGUAUCAUGUGCUGUAACUUAUUAGUGAUGUUUAUCCCAAGCUGACUCAUGAAGUGUGUGUUUUCAUGCCAACAAAUGUACUUGCUGUGUUUACGCCUGGGUCGUGACGGGGAUUUUCCCAGCUGAGUCACAGAAUUGUCUUUAGCUCUUCAGCGUUAUCAGUUUCUAGUUACAGUUGUUUUGGAACAAAACUGUAGUAACUUAAUGCAAAUGGGAAGCUAGUGCAUAUAUUCAACAAUGUACCACCCAGGAUCAGUUUUACUUGCAUGUAUAAAGAAUAAAGUGCUUUUUCUUUUUUGAUCUAUCUGUAAUAUGUACCAGAAUACUUGAGGUCUUUGUAGUGCCCAACCCUGAUGUGGUUAGAAUGAAAUGGUGGGAAACUUGUUGUUCUGGUUUAAGAAGACCAAAAUCUGAAGUGAUGAAUUGCUAACUGUAUCUAUGAAACUAGAAUUUCUCACUUUACUGUAAUGGUUGACCUGUCUGCUGAAGCGUUUUGCAGUCUGUUGCUGCUGACACAUUAUAGCUGUAGUGGGUCUAAUGUUUGGUCCUGUCUCUUUAUUUUUUCAGCUGUUGUAUCAGAAAAUCAUUUCUGAUAACAGAGAUCUUUUUUUAAACCAAUAAAGCUCAUG